GGCAGUCGCCGGCCCGCGGCGCGGCGGUCAGGUGCGGUGUGCUGUCCCGGUGACAGCGCACAGGUGCUCCACGGAACUGAGGCCAGAGCGAGACGGACGGAGACAACAUGGCGGCCAACGGCGCACAGAACGGGAACGGCAGAGGAGUCAAGUCCAUUCUGCCAUCUACUGAAGUGCUUUCGCAGAAAUUGGCGUACCAGGUUCCGGAGGAUUCAUGCGGAUGGCUAUGCUUCCGACCCAGUUUUCUGAUGAGUUUCCGCUCCCCAAAGAUCUACCUGUUUUUCGUGUGCUGUGGCGUCACAAUGCAAGGUUUCAUCAUCAACGGUCUGAUCAACGUGAGCAUCACGUCUCUGGAGCGGCGCUUCAGCUUGACGUCGGCGCAGGCGGGCCUGAUCGCGGGCACGUACGACAUCGCGGCCACCCUGUGCUCGGUACCGAUCGCGUACGCCGGCGGGCGCGCGGCCGCCAGCAAACCGCGCUGGAUCGGCAUCGGACUCAUCGUCAUGGGCAUCGGCUCGCUGGUGUUUAGCCUGCCGCACUUUUUCACGCCCGAGUACCUGGUGCUGACGCAGCCGUCCGAGUCGGCCUGCGGCGCCGGCGCCGACUCGUGUGACGCCGAGGCCGGGGCGGGAGGCGGCGGCGACGUGUCGCGCUUCCUGUACGUGUUCCUGCUGGCCCAGGUGCUGCACGGGCUGGGCGCCGCGCCGCUCUGGUCACUCGGGGUCGCCUACAUCGACGCCAACGUCAAAAAGAAACUCGUCUCGGUGUUCCUGGGCGUGUACUACACCAUGGCUCUGGUGGGCCCGGCCAUCGGCUACCUGGGCGGAUCGACGCUGCUCAACAUCCACACAGACUUUGUCACCGUCGACGCCCGCAGUAUGGGGCUGAGCCCCGGCAGCGAGGGCUGGGUGGGCGCCUGGUGGCUGGGCUUCUUCAUCGCCUCGUUCGUCACGUGGCUGGCGGCGCUGCCGGUUCUGGCGUUCCCGCGCGUGCUGCCCCAGUCCCGGGACCUGGACUCGGGGGACACGGAGACGCACGGAGGCCGGGACGCCCAGCAGCUGGAGAAGCUGGAGAACAAGCUGGCAGAGGGCCGCGCCAAGGACCUGCCGGCGGCCAUCUGGGGCUGCCUCACCAACCCCACCUUCCUGUGUAUCUCGCUGGCGGGCGCCACCGACGGCGCCGUCAUGGCCGGCAUGUCCACCUUCAUGCCCAAGUUCAUCCAGAACCAGUUCGGCCUGCCCGCCAGCCAGUCGGGCCUCUACACAGGCGCGGCGGCGCUGGUCGGCGGCGCCUCGGGAACCGUGGUCGGCGGCUACCUGGUGAAGCGACUCCAGCUCCGACUCACCGGCAUCCUCAAGUUCAUCGCCAUCUUCUCGUUUCUGUCCUUUCUCUCGACGUUCGUGUUCUUGGCGAGCUGCCCGAACGUUCCGUUCGCGGGAGUCAACACGCCCUACCGGAACCGCUCCGCCGACAGCGAGUCGUGGCUGCUGGCCGACAGCGCGGCGCGCCUGCAGGACGCGUGUAAUAGCGGCUGCGGCUGCGGCUCGGGCCGCUUCGAGCCCAUCUGCGGCCCGGACGGCAUCACCUACUUCUCGGCGUGUCACGCCGGCUGCUCGGCGCCAGGAGCCACGAGCGGCGUCGACUGCCGCUGUAUGGACGACUCGGCCGAGGGCCUGUCGGCGCCGGACCGGUGCGCCGGCGCCUGUCCCUACCUGGCGCUGAUCGUCAUCACGCAGAGCGUGGCCGCCUUCUGUACAUUCGUCGGUACGUCGCCCAGCUCCACGGCCAUCUUCAGGUCGGUGGCGCCCCGGCAGCGGCCGCUGGCCAUGGGCAUCUCCACCACAGUACUAAGAAUCGUCGGCACCAUCCCCGGUCCGAUCAUAUUCGGCGCGCUCAUCGACCGCUCGUGCCAGCUGUGGGGUAGCCCGUGCAGCGGGCCCAGCCACUGCCUGGUCUACGACAACUGGUGGAUGAGCAGGUACCUGAUGGGCGCCACGCUGAUGUGGAAGUUUUCCUCGUUCAUCUUCUACAACCUGGCGUGGAUCUUCUAUAAGCCGCCAGAGGGCAGCGAGGAGUACCCGGUGGCCACCGUCGACCAAGGUUCGCCCGCUGGUAUAGCCGGCCGACCAGUGGGCUCCAGCGAGGCAGAGAAGGAUUUCACCAGUCGGCCCGAGGGCGGACUGGAGAACCCCGCCUUCGUCGAGUCGUAGCUGCGCGGGGCAGAACCACAGACCGGCCGCUGACCAAACGAGCGGCCCCGUGUGCCACCUCAGUGACCUGCCACCUGGACAAACGGUACCGGGGGUCAGUCAGCUGAGCAGUCUUCCUGCGUGUGCUGCCAUCUCUACAGUCGAUCCGUCCAGUUCUUCCAUAUCACCGCCCGUCGUCGCCGCUCUAUGCGCCGGUGACUGUAUGUCUGUGUGUCUGUGUGCGUGCCGUGUUCGAGCCGCUCGCAGUGACGGCUCGGAGCACCCGAGUGUCCAUCGGUGACAGGGUGGGUCGGCACCCGUUUUACCCGCUGAUUGCGUUCACUGCACCGAGUGUCAUGUUCAGCGCGUUUAAUCAGUUGCACUUCUUUUCAGUAGGACUGGUCACAGGGUCCUUUUGCUCAGUUAAUUCCCCUAGUGUGCGGUCCGUUUCUGUCGUCAUUUCGAGCCUGUGAACGACUACGCUGGGUUUGUCAGUUGUCACCGAUGGCUGCAGGACACUUCGACAUAAUUAUUGUGAUGCAUGAU